AUGGAAUUCAUAUUUAAUGAGAUUCAAGGCAAGAUAAUUCAUGAUCAUCAUCAAAAACCUCACUUUGAAUAUUCCACCAAGAUGCAAUAUCAGCCAAAUAAUGAUGAAGAUGGUGGCGGUGAUAAGAGAGUAUAUGUUCCCGGCCCAUUAAUAAUUGGGGCCGGCCCAUCAGGCCUAGCCACAGCCGCAUGUCUAAAGAAGAAAGGCAUCCCAAGCUUGAUUCUUGAAAGAAGCAAUUGCAUAGCUUCUUUAUGGAAACUCAAAACUUAUGAUCGUCUUCAUCUUCAUCUCCCUAAACAAUAUUGUGAGUUACCCUUUUUACAUUUCCCUUCAAAUCUUCCAACUUACCCUACAAAGCAACAUUUCAUUUCCUAUAUGGAAGAUUACGCCGCUAGUUUUGGUCUCGAGCCCGCGUUUGGUGAAACCGUUGUCGAGGCGGAGUUCGAAAAGGGGAGCGGUUUUUGGCGGGUGAAGACUGAGGAGGAGAAGGAGUACUUUUCAAGGUGGUUGAUUGUUGCGACGGGAGAGAAUGCCGAUGAAUUGGUGCCGGAGAUUGAAGGGAUGGAUGAGUUCUUGGGACCGGUGGUUCAUACAAGUUGUUAUAAGAGCGGAGAAUGUUUUGAAGGGAACAAGGUUUUGGUUGUUGGAUGUGGAAAUUCGGGAAUGGAAGUUUGUUUGGAUCUUUGCAAUCAUCGGGCUCGACCGUCUCUUGUUGUUAGAGAUUCGGUGCACGUCUUACCUCAAGAGAUGCUUGGAACAUCAACUUUUGGAUUGUCCAUGUGUUUGCUCAAGUGGUUUCCCAUGAAGAUUGUGGACAAGUUUUUGCUCUUAGUUUCGCGAAUCAUACUUGGUGAUACAGCUCGUUUAGGUCUAAACCGGCCGAAGAUUGGUCCGCUUGAACUCAAGAUGGUUUCGGGAAAGACACCCGUCUUAGAUUUUGGCACACUUGCCAAGAUUAGAGCUGGGGACAUCCAGGUAGAAUUGAUUUGAUUUUGUUGUUUU